AUGUCAAGCCAAGAUAUAAAGGCGCGCUUGGAACAGGAGCUAAUAGCGUCGGGCAAGUACCAGGACAUUUACAACUUCUUGAAAAUCCAACUCGCAAACUCUGGCUGGACUGAGCAGUUUGCUGAGCUCGCGUCCGAAACGAUCGCAAGAACGCCCGAGUCGCAAGAUCUACGAUUUGUGGAACUCGUGGAUAGAUUACAACCGCAGGCGCUCAGCAUGGUGCCCGAUGACGUGAAAGCGCGGACACUCGCCAAGAUCAAAGAGUUUCUGGAUUCAGUUAUAGAAUGA